UCGGGUCUUGAACUCCUCUACACCCAACCCGAGUAGACCAGUUUAUACCCGUGCCCGGAUCCUAUACUUUUCCUGAAUUUAGUUUCAGUGGUUGGUGAUGUUCAAAGAAAGGGGUAUUAAUUCCAAUAGCGAAUAUCAUUUUGUCCAAAAGUCUUCAUACCAUUUCAUUCAAAGGGAAGAGAGCUUAGCAAAGAAUCUGUACCAGGCACAAGAAGUUCUUCCAUGGAGUGGUCUUUUUUCUCAAUUUUAGGUCUCAUCUUAUCAUCUCUUCAUCUGCUAACUUGCACCGGGGAGGACAGGAUCACCAUGGGCCAAUCUGUCGGUGCAAACCAGACGAUAACCUCUUCCAACGAUGUCUUCGCAUUAGGCUUCUUCAGUCCCAGUAAUUCUACCAAACGCUAUGUUGGGAUUUGGUACAACAAGAUUCCUGAUCAGACAGUUAUAUGGGUGGCCAACAAAGAUUACCCACUUACCAAUUCCACUGCUGGAGUUCUUACAAUUGCCAAUGAUGGAAAUCUCAUCGUCUUGGAUGGAGAUAGAAACAUUCUCUGGUCAUCCAAUGUUUCAGUCAGCCUCAAAAACAAUACCGUUGCGGUACUCAGGGAUAAUGGAAAUCUUGUUUUGAGUCAAACUAAUCAGAUGAUCGUGUGGCAAAGCUUCAACAACCCAUCCAGCUCGUUUAUCCCUGGCAUGAGAUUGUCAUUGAAUAUACAAACUGGAAAAAGCAUACAUCUCAGGUCGUGGAAAGAUGUAAAUGACCCAGCCAACGGCUCUUAUUCUAUAGGUAUUGAUCCUCACACACCUCGGCAGCUUAUCAUAAGGAAUGGGCUAGGUGUGUACGUGAGGGGCAACGUAUGGCAACAGGUAGCAGGUGCUGAUAUGCCUGAGGUGGACCGAAACUAUGUAGGUUACAGUACCAUUGCGGAAACCCACGAUGAAAUUUCUAUCAUGGUCGCUCUCUCAGAUAAUUCUUUCAUGGUAAGGUAUGUGUUAACUCCAACAGGGCAGCUACAGCUGCAGUCGUGGCGGGCGGAUUCGAAAGCGUGGGCUGUUUUGUAUUCCUCACCGACAGAUGAAUGUGAUUUGUAUAGUCGAUGCGGUCCAUAUGCUAGCUGUGACAACAGUACCUCACCGUUUACCUGCAAGUGUUUGCAAGGAUUCGAGCCCAGGAUAUGGAAAGACUGGGAUUCAGGGAAUUGGUCUGGCGGUUGUGUGAGGCGAAAGCCAUUUGAAUGUGGGAAUGAAGAUGGGUUCCUGAAGUUGGCAGGGAUGAAAUUGCCUGAUUUUUCUAUAUCAUUGGGAAAUGUUAGUUUAAGAGAUUGUGAAAUGGGAUGCUUUAGAAAUUGUUCUUGUACAGCUUAUGCUUAUAGGAAUGUCGGCCGGUUAUCCUGGAAAUGUUUGAUUUGGGUUCGGGAUUUGAUUGAUCUUGUGGAGAAUACAAAAAAUACCGUCGAUCUCUACCUGCGUCUUGCCAGUUCUGAGCUAGGUGUGAAUGGCCAGGGAACCGGCUCAUCUAACAGGAGGGGACGUGUUCUUGCAAUUCUACUAUCAUGUGCUGCUGGGGGGAUGCUUCUUAUAGGCACUUGUGGCUAUUUUUGGUGGAGUAGACUCAAGAAACAUGGGAGGAGAGAAGCAGAGAGGGUGCUUCAUGCAGACAAGCCCAUCGAUGUUAAAACACAUUACAGAGAUUUUAAUAUGCUUGAAAGCAAGGUGAAUACUUCAGAGCUACCACUUCUCGAUUUUGAUUGUGUCGCUGCAGCCACUGAUAACUUCUCAAUAGCAAAUAAGCUUGGAGCGGGUGGGUUUGGCCCUGUUUACAAGGGAAAAUUACCAGGCCAAGAAAUAGCAGUAAAAAGACUUUCUAAAAGCUCAGGACAAGGUCUAGAGGAGUUCAAGAAUGAAGUAGAACUUAUUGCCAAGCUUCAACACAGGAAUCUUGUUAAGCUUUUGGGUUGGUGUAUCCACGGUGAAGAAAAGAUAUUGAUCUAUGAGUACAUGCCGAACAAUAGCCUAGAUAAAUCUCUAUUUGAUCCAAAUAAACAAACCCAACUAGAUUGGGGUAAGCGCUUCCGCAUUAUUGAAGGGAUCGCUCAAGGACUUCUUUAUCUUCACCGGUACUCGAGGUUAAGGGUUAUUCACCGAGAUCUAAAGGCUAGCAACAUCCUUUUAGAUGGUGAAAUGAACCCGAAAAUAUCAGACUUUGGUUUGGCAAGGAUCUUUGGAGGAAAUCAGACUGAAGCAAAUACCGAAAGAGUAGUUGGGACAUACGGCUAUAUGUCACCUGAAUACGCCCUUGAGGGUCAUUUCUCAGAGAAAUCUGAUGUAUUUAGCUUCGGAGUGCUAUUGUUAGAAAUUGUGAGCAGCAAACGGAACACCGGAUUUUAUCCUUACAAACAGUGGUUGAAUCUUUUAGGAUUUGCAUGGCAACUAUGGAAUGAAGGUAGGGCAUUGGAGCUGAUUGAUCCAUUGAUAAGUGAUUCGCACGUGGCCCAUGAAGUGGAUAGGUGCAUCCAUGUGGGGCUCUUGUGUGUCCAAGAAGACCCAAAUGAUCGGCCCACCAUGUCUUCUAUUGUUUUCAUGUUGGGAAACGGAAGUGCAAGACCACCCUCACCAAAGCAACCUGGCUUUUCAACAUGGAAGAGACCGAUUGCUGCUAAUCCAUAUUCGAGUAGCUCUGUAGACGAGGCAACAAUUAGCAUGUUAGAACCUAGGACAUAGUUGUAGCUAUCAACCUAUUCAGUAACGGUAGUUACCAUUAUGUUAUGGUCAUAACUGCCAUUUCUUUUCUUUUUGAAGGGACUAUUAUAAGCCCAUAGUGACCAUUACGGGCAGUUUAAGAAUUCUUCUCAUAAUUUCUAUUAUGUAAUGGCCAAAACGUAACUGUUUUUUGGCACAUCGGUAGCUACUAUGCAAGAUAUAACAUACAUAUUUUUUUUAAA